CUUUGGCUGCCGUCGCUGCUUUUGCUUUUAGCAGGCAGCAGCCGCACCAGCGCCCAAUGUCCCUGGCAGCGAGAUGUGCCCGAUCUGCAGACGAGCUGCAUAUGUGCCUAUAAUCUCGGACGAGAGCUUUUCUUGUACACGUCAGGUCGAGUUCACGCAAUUGCUGGAAGCAAUGAACAAAUAUGCGCGUCUAAAGCCCGUGGACUUGUUGUAUGUGAACAAUGCGACAAUUGAAGAGCUGCCAGAUGAGGUGUUUAGCAAUCUGAGUCUGCACAAUGUGCAGCUAUCCAGUUGCGGCAUCAAGAGGAUUGCAAAUGGCGCAUUUAAGGGGCAGGAGUCGGUGCUAAAGAAUCUCAAUCUGCAGGAUAAUCUGCUGAGCGAGGUGCCCGUGGAGGCGCUGCAAGUGCUGGGCAGGCUCAAUCUGCUGGAUCUGUCUCGCAAUCAGCUCUCCAACAUACCCGACGAUGCCUUUGCGGGCCUGAACAAGCUGUCCACGCUGAAGCUGAACGACAACAAUGUGACGCUGGCGCCGGGCGCAUUUCGUGGCCUCGAGCAGAGUCUGAAGAAUCUCAAUUUGAAGGGCACGAAACAGCGUCGCGUGCCGGAAUGCAUACGCGGUCUGAAGAGCUUGGCUUUCCUGGAUCUCUCGCAGAAUGGCAUCAAGGAGCUUCCGGGCGCCGGUGGCAUACGCGUCUUCGAUGGCCUAGACGCGCUCACAGCGCUCAAUAUGGAACGGAAUCUCAUCCAGAGCAUUGCGGAGACGGCAUUUGCGGGCGUGCGAAAAACGUUGAGCUCGCUGAGUUUACUCAACAAUUUGCUGUCGGACUUUCCCAUCGGCGCUGUGCACUCACUGAAGGAGCUGCGCGUGCUGGACAUUGGUUUCAAUUUGCUUACCAGCCUGCCGGAGGCGGCUUUCCGUGGAAAUCCGAGCAUCACACUGUUGGCCCUCGACGGCAAUCCACUCAGCACGGUGCCGGAGGGUGCAUUUGCUCAUUUGAAUGCCACACUGCGUGGUCUGUCGCUGGGCGGGCGCUUUCUGCACUGCGAUUGCAAACUGCGCUGGGUUGCCGAAUGGAUACGCAAUGGCGAUUUGCAGGUCACCUCACGUGAGCGCAAUCCACAGUUUUGUGGCACGCCGCCGCGUUUUCGCGAUCGCGGCUUCUACUCCAUACAGCCAGAGGAGCUAAGCUGCCCCGAAAUAGCCGAUGCCGCGCUCCGUGGUCCAGUCGGUCUGGCCGAUAAUCUCAAGCCGACGUUUCCUUCUUCACCCGAUUCCGUAGAGUUUGAGACGGGCUCAGCUAUUGGAACGGGCACCGGAACAGCCGCCUCGGCGCCUGUUGCCACAGCCCCAACAACAACAACCACAUUGUCCACGACAACAACCACAACAACAACAGCAGCGCCUACAACUAGUUCCAGCUCCAGCACAUCAGCCAGCACGACUCGUGCCCCAACACAAGCCACAACGAAAGCGACGAAGGCAGCAGCUGCUUCGCCAACGGUGGGCGUCAAUGGUACCGGCAGCGUUCAGGCCACGGCCAUCUCGUCGACGAGCAGCAGCAGCAGCAGCAGCUCCUCGACAUUGCACACAGCCGGCAAACAGGCGCCCGGCUGGCGACAGGGAGCCAAUGUCAAUGCCAAUGGCAGCCAACACAAGCCGCAGCGACCACCGCUGGUGCUGGGCUAUCCGCCGCAGCGUGGCACACGCAUCGACGAUGCCAACGAGGUGCAGGUGAAGCAUGCGUUCCGCCAGGACAGCUCCGUGAUCAUACAAUGGGACUCGGAGACGGCCAACAUAUUGGGCUUCCGCGUUGUCUAUCGCCUGUUCGGCGAGAAGGCCUUCAAGCAGGGCCCGCCGCUGGAGGCCAGCGAGCGUGAGUUCAAGAUCAAGAAUGUGCCCGCCCAGGAGUGCAUCAUAGUGUGCGUCAUAUCGCUGGAGGAGCUGCACGUCACGCCCGAAACGGUGCCCUAUCAGCAAUGCCGCGAGGUGCGCACCGUCUCCUCGCAGACCUCCAACAUGGAUAAGAUAACCAUAGCGGCCAGUGCAGCCAUUUGUGGCACCAUCAUUGUGGCUGUGAUUGUGUUCAUUGCGGCAAGCAGACGCUCGCGCAAACUGCAAAAUAACCAGCAAAAGAGUCCGCUGCCAAUUGGAGGUUUGCCCGUUAAUUGUUGCGGUCCAACCGGUUCGCCAGGACCACUUGGCUCGAUUGCCACGCUAUCGGCGUUUAACAAUCACAAGGAAUGGGAUCAAGUAUCAGCGUACAGUGGACGCUCGAUACCGCGACCACGCAUCUAUCCAGUCGAACAGCCCGACGAUAUGCGCAGUCAUUUCUCUGGCAUGCCCGGCAAGGUGGCCAAAUCAAGAUCCAUAGCCGAUGGGCAGUCGCAGCACAGUUUCUCGAAUAAUUCACAUCGCGGCUAUUUGGGCAGCGCCUUCCCCACAAAUCUGGUCAAUUCGCGCCCGGAGCUGCGUCAAUCGCGCCAGUCGCUGGCCGCUGCCUCCGAGCGCAUGUCGCGCGCCUCCUACGCCGGCUCCAUACAUGGCGGUGGCGGUGGUGGACCUGGCGGCGGCGGUGCCAACGGCAUGGGCGGCAUGGUCGGCGCCGGCAGCUUGAUGGGCAUGAGCGGGCUGGUUGGCCCCGGCGGGCCAGCCAGCAUUGCAUCCAGCAAUGCAAGACGCUCGCGUCCGCGCUCCAGAUCACGCGAUCAACUGAACACAACGCACAUACAUAACCAUCGACCGGGAAGUCGAUAUUCGACAGCUGGUUCAACGCACACGUUGAACAAUUAUUGCGACACAUCGGACAAUUGGACCGAUCAUGAUAUGGAUAUAUAUAUGGCGCGCAAUCCAACAACGCGCAACGGUCUGGUGCCAUUAUGAGGGCGGCUCAUG